GAAAGCAUCACUAUUUAGCCUGGUGUACCGGAACACAUAGUCCCUCCAGGCCAAAUUUUCAUGUCAAAAAUUAGCCACUCUCGUCCUGCUAUCUUCGUUAACGUCGCCCUUACAGGUGUACAAAGAUAUAAUCCGCCCGUCGGACACUUAAUUAUCCGAAACUUCGCGUUGAAGGCAUACUACGCUCUCGCUUUUUAUUACCGAAUUAUCCGUCCUUAUGCCCUAGAAGACUAUAAUGGAUACUCUUCACGAAGAAAUCGAUGAUUUAAACGAAGAAACGUUUGGUUGUGCUGAAGCCGGCGAUUGGGAGUCAGAACACGAGAAAUUCGCCCUCACGCAGACUGCAAAAGAGGACUGCGCGCCAGACGCGAAUGAGUUACCUAAAUUCUGGGAGACACCUGGCGAAACUUCAUUCCUUUGGAACCCCGAUGUGCUGAAUACCUACAAAACGCUCCUAGACGACGGGGGAAACGAAAGGGGCGUAGACGUUGAAGAGACUUUACAGAAGUUAGUUUCUGAAGAUGAUGCGUUCGAUGACCCCGCAAUUUUGGAUAUCUCAAAGAAAGUGGCUGAUCAAAAACUGUGCGGAUCCGCUUUAGAUAAAAUAUUGGGCGCACCAGCAUACCCAACCACCACUGUUGACAUUUUGGGAAACGGACGUGACAUCUGGAGCCUUAGCGACAGGGGGUUGUCAUUGACGAAAACGGGUUCAAGCGGCCUAGGUCUCAGACCAACUUUCAUAGCUUGCAAUGCUCCCAGUUUGUCACAAAAUGUUGCCCGAACUACCCAGGACUAUACUCGUACCCCCGGUAAUACUAAUUGCAACUCACACCAUGGCCCAUCUUCUCGAUCAACGAUCUUCCCAUCAUUGGCCAACCUUCGCGAUGAUUCCCGGCAGUUGGCAUUUCAACCGCCCGGUGUACAGAACCCAUUGGAGAUACUGCGCCCCUCUUUUACAACUUGUCGCCAGUCGCCUGAAUAUAGCUGCUCACACCCUUCUAUCCAGAGUAGUUCAACUGUUUCCCAAAGCUCUUGUUACAUUCCGAACGCGGAGCAGUAUGGAUCAUUGAUCCAGGUUGCCUCUAACCGCCUAUCAGCGCAAAUUCCGGUGCAGGGACAAGUGUUUAAUCAGCCACUACCAACCUCCAAUAAUCCAUUAGUUUACUCCAAUCCUCGAACAUCGAUUGGCCCGAGAGCGGCAGCUUUGCCUUUCUUAAUGAUGAACUUUCUCAAUGCAAAAUUCCCUCUCGGCUCCCUCGACCCCAGAUUGCUUUCCCCGCUUACGUCUGCCAACGUGCGCACACCUGCUGCGGUUCCAUUCCCUUUCCUCACCCAACGUGUCAAUGCGAUUAACUACCUCGGUUUAUCAGCCGCACAAGCAUUUAACUCUCGCCUACCAUUCUUUACUUCUCAACCGGUUUCUCCACUCCGGGCCUCUUUUGGAACACGUUCAUCUUCACCUAAUCCUAAUAUGGAUAAUAACUUCGAUACACUGAGUGUCGAUUCCAACUCGGAUGAACCUGUUGAUCCCGACACUGGCGGUUGGAUGUCUCGGUAUGAAAAAAUCGGGGUUGUGCUCAUGUACCUCCGUCCCCUCGUGGUUUCAAAUCCGUAUAUUCAAGAUUAUUACUUUGCCAUAAAGUGGCUGCGGCAGAUGUCUCAAAACAGACUCAAACAGCUGUCUAACGGCACCCUACCCCAAGUUUGUCCGCCACCGGUGAUGCAUAUGCCGAGUCCAGUGACCGUGGACGAUCUUAUCGACCCAUCACAGUAUUGUCGAACAAGCUUGUCCCGGCGGUUCGUUGUUCCCUUGGUUUCAUUACCAUUCCUUCAUCGCUGUAUGUCACCGCAUACACGCACACAAACGGAAAUGGUCGAUGGCCAUCCCACUCCAUUGCCAGAUGUCCCAAAGGCCCUUCCAUUGUACGCUUCUUCACCUACACAAUCGCAAUCCACUACCUCGGAGACAGGGUCGACCUUGGGUCGACCUACGAGGUCGAGUUUGAAUUGUCCAAGGGUUGUGGCCGAAGUGUCGCUUGCAUCCGCUCUGGCAGACGAUUCCGUUGAUUCACUUGCGGCUGGCCAUCUCACUUCCGACGAGUCGCCUUCUUCUGCUGACGUUUGUGGUUCCCACCUGCAAUCUACGUCUUCAACGAAGUGCACUCGUCGCCGUCUGCUUUUACUGGCCAGAAUAGAAAGGAUGUACUCACUCAUUCUACAUAUGGAUGAAAUCGAUGUAUCCCUGGCGCGAGUACUCGUGGAAAAUGACACACGAAAUAAACUAUUGCACUACAAACAACGAGUUCUCGAUCGUCUACUAAGGGAGCUCGUAACGACAUCCACUUCCGUCAAACCUCAAUCGGAGACUGGGGAUACAAUGCCCGCAGUCCCAUCUUACAUGGAAUUAUUGGGCAUUCGAAAGGGAGCACACCUAUUUUCCUCAGUUUUGCCGCACCUUCCCCCGUCCUGGCUCCAGCUUUGUCUCAGCGAUUUACUGCUUCGAUUCGAAGAAGUCCAUCAGAUUUGCCUCUCCGUAACCGAGGAUUACCACUCAAUACUGUUUCCCAACCUUCGACGAGCUGCCUAUCAAAUAGAGAAUAUUGAAUCGUUCAUGGAAACAUGUUUCCCCGAGGUACCUCAAUCGUUAGAUUCUUCUGUUGAUGUCAGUCCAAGAAUAAGCACAUUAGUUAACACGAAACUUGGCAUUUCUUUGAUACUGUGCCUUCUGGAUACGUGCGCUCGACUUUCAAGGCCAGAUGACCCCUCUAAUUUUGUACGGUAUGCUGCCUACUUCGUCCACGUCACAACAGCCCCCACUGUUUUACACCCUGUUGAACCAAUCGAACCUUUCUCUCAUUUGGCUUCCAUCGUCCCACUGUACGUGAAACCGGAUCUCCACUCUCCGCUGACUUGUUCGCAAGUGGAUCGCUUCUGUCGGUUAAUUGACCGAUCCUUAAACUCAUCUGUUCCAGUGAACCCGCCAUUUGCUAACCUGACUGAGUCUGUCUUCAGUGGAGACAACCGACCACUCUUAGGCAGCUCAAAAAGUGCCGUCUCCUUGCUCCAGUCCAGCCGGGAUACCGCCAGUGUUCACCUAGCACCUUUGUUGGCCAACUGAAUACACAACUCAAUGUACCAAAGUGCCCGCACCUAGCUUGCUGUGCAUCUCGAAGUUGCCGGAAUCAGUGGAAGCUCACAUCUCUCCAUGGUUGACGCUCAUCAUUCUGGCGCACAAAUCCGUUUAUAAUUUGUAUUGUUCCUGAGUGCUUCCCCGACUAUCACUGAGCGCCAUCAUCUCCAUUGGAUUUUAUACCCAGACUGCUUAAGGAUCAUAUCGCUUUUUCGUCACUCUGUCGAUCCCGCCGUGUUGCUCAGUCAUCCCUACUCAAUCGGCGGUUCACACGCCUCACAUGAUCUUUUGCUUCAGCAUCAUCUCUUUCUCUCUCUCUUUCACUAAACUGCCUUGCCAUCGAGUUUCACUCCGUCGCUUGGUCGUCUCCGCACUCUUUUUACAUCCCAUCAUAUGCUGACGAUCUUCCUUUAUGCCUUCAACACAUUCGGGACGUUCCCGACUUCUGCGAUGCCGGUUACCGAUUUUAUUCCAAUUUUGUCUGCUUUGCUGCUUACAUAUUGUUUACCGGAUCUAACCUCUUUGCUCUUCAUGUUCUCUGUGUGUACCUAUCAUGCUGUGUCUUUUAUCUUGUCUCUGGUUUUGCCAUCGCUUUACUCUUGUAUUCAGAUACAAAAGAUCAGGUAACUCACGCAA